AAAGCAGAGAGAGAUCCAUAUCAGUCCCACACCCACAGCUGUAGUUCCAAGAAGUGGCAUUUAUUGAUUUUAGUUAUUCUGUUUCUGUUUCUUCCGCCGGCGAUUCUUAGGUGAAGACGAUGGCGAAUCUGAACGGGACGACGUCGGAUCUGAGGACGGAGUUUCUGAAGGUGUACUCGGUGCUCAAAUCUGAACUCUUGAAUGACCCGGCUUUUGAGUGGACCGAUGGGUCUCGCCAGUGGGUCGAGCGGAUGCUGGAUUACAAUGUGCCCGGAGGGAAGUUAAACCGAGGGCUGUCAGUUGUUGAUAGUUAUAAGUUACUUAAAGAAGGAAAAGACCUAACUGAAGAAGAAGUGUUUCUAGCUAGUGCUCUAGGCUGGUGUAUUGAAUGGCUUCAGGCAUAUUUUCUCGUCCUUGAUGAUAUUAUGGAUGGUUCCCACACACGGCGUGGUCAGCCAUGUUGGUUUAGAGUCCCCAAGGUUGGUAUGAUUGCUGUAAAUGAUGGAAUCAUACUCCGGAACCACAUACCGAGAAUUCUCAAGAAGCACUUCAGAACAAAGCCUUACUAUGUGGAUCUGCUGGAUUUGUUCAACGAGGUGGAGUUUCAAACUGCUUCAGGACAGAUGAUCGAUUUGAUUACCACUAUUGAAGGAGAAAAGGAUUUGUCAAAAUACUCAUUGCCACUUCACCGUCGCAUUGUUCAGUACAAGACUGCCUAUUACUCGUUUUACAUUCCAGUCGCAUGCGCAUUGCUCAUGGCUGGUGAAAACCUAGAGAAGCAUACAGGUGUCAAGGACGUGCUCAUUGAUAUGGGAAUUUACUUCCAAGUACAGGAUGACUACUUAGAUUGCUUUGGUGAGCCUGAGAAGAUUGGAAAGAUUGGAACAGACAUCGAAGAUUUCAAGUGUUCUUGGCUGGUCGUAAAAGCCCUGGAGCAUUGCAAUGAAGAACAGAAGAAAAUUCUCUUUGAGCACUACGGAAAGGCGGAUCCAGCUGAUGUAGCAAAAAUCAAGGCCCUCUACAACGACAUCAACCUCCAAGGUGUGUUCGCUGAGUACGAAAGCAAGAGCUACGAGAGACUGACGAAGUCCAUCGAAGCUCACCCCAGCAAAGCUGUGCAGGCAGUGCUCAAGUCCUUCUUGGGCAAAAUAUACAAGAGGCAGAAAUAAGAUGAACGCAAGUCUACCCAAACAACAAGGAAGCAGAGGAAGUCUGGAUAAAGUCCAAGAAUCCCCUGCCAUGUCCUAAUACGUGUUUGUAGAGAUAGCAAUUCCCCAACAAGAGUCGUGUUUGUAUCUGUCAUUAUUGUUUGUUUACGAUUUUCACAGCAGUUUCCCAUGUGGUGUCAUUCUUCAGAAUUAUAAACACAAAUCAUUACCAUUUCUUGCUGCGGUACGAUGAAUCUCAGGUUGCGCAAA